UUUAUCUUCUGGUUCCGUCGAACAAGGAUCACACCUGUGAGAAAACAAAACGACUAAGAAGUCCUCCAAAGAACACUGUGCAGAGUAUUAUGACCGUACUCUCCGGCAACAAUAUGUUUAACAGUAUACCAAAUAUGUCUAUGGGCAUGAGCAUGCAAGGCAUGUCCAGCAUGCACAUGUCAAUGUCGGGCAUGUCCUCCAACCUCUCAGCAAUGUCAGCAAUGACCCAGAUGGCCUCCCCGACCAGCGACACCUCCAGUAACAACGCUGGGUCCCCCGGCAAGGACAGGAAGGAACACAUCAAGCGUCCUAUGAACGCAUUUAUGGUUUGGUCAAGGAUUCAGAGAAGGAAGAUUGCUCAGGAGAACCCUAAGAUGCAUAACUCCGAGAUUUCCCGAAGGUUGGGUUCAGAGUGGAAGAUGCUCACGGAGACUCAAAAACGUCCCUUCAUCGACGAAGCUAAGAGGAUCCGAGCCCAGCAUAUGAAGGAUCACCCUGAGUAUAAAUACAGACCUAGACGUAAACCUAAAACCCUCCAAAGGUCCGGAUAUCCGUAUCCUCUGGCAUAUUUCCCCACCGGAGGUUUAGAUCCCUUCAACCCUCUUCAUCAAACCUUCAUGUCGACCCCUACAAACCAGUCGCCUUUUGACCUCGCCGCGGCAGAUAAGACUAGACUAUUCUCCGCCGCCGCCGCUGGAUACAACUCUAUCCCGGGCGUAUCUUCCGCCCAUUCCUCCGCCCAGCAGUACGGAAACUGGUUCAACUCCUACCCCGGGUAUUCUCCAACCUCUGUUGUAGAUUCGUCUCAAACCCACCUCAAGAUGUCCCCCGGCGGAGAACACUCCUCUACUCCCUCUCCCCCCCCACCUACCCCCCCUCCAGAACCUACCAAGGACUCCUACUCCCCACCCUCUCUCCCCGUCUCCUCUGCCGCUAGUUUUAACUCCUUCUACUCCUCCUUGUAUUCUCGCGGUGGAUCUCCAGGAGCAUCUCAAAGCUUCCCCUCUUAUGGAAUGGGAAGCAGUCUGCAGCAACCGAACUAUGCUCUGCCAGGCCUAGAGCAGCUACGCAGACCAAUGCCAAUGUUGUUCUGACCGCAAAUUUAGAUUCUAUCCGUUUACUGAGAAACCAUGUUAGUCAUUCAUGCAGUUAGUUAUAGGAACAUUUAGUUCCCCCCUUGGCUCUGUAAAUAUUCAACAUUUUUCCAGAUCUCCCAUUUGUGUAAUAUUUAGUAAAAUUGUCAGAUUUUAUUAUGUAAAAUAAAA